AUGACGCGAACGCGGAAGGAAAAAGAUAAAGCUGCUCAAGCGACUUCGUCAACAUCCAGACACGACGCUGCUCCUCCGUUGCGGACAGAGCUGUCUAGCGCGAUGGAGGACGUUCGCUUGAGCCCCCCGUCACCUAAAAGAAUCUGGGUAAAAUAUGGUGAUGGCCAGCCUGCAAGAAUUGACUUUGAAGGAGGGGAGGUGUAUGACUUGAUAAAGGCGAUUAAGAAGGAGUUGUCAAAUAAGUUGGGUGAUGUUGAUGUCGAUGAGAUUACUUUGAGAAGGCACGGCGAGGAGGAAGAAGACUUGGAUCCGGAACUAGCUGUAGACGACAGCUUUAAAAACAGCUCAAAAACGCCUCUACUGGUUACUG